AUGGUGUCUGCAAAAGCAGAACUAAUUCGGAACCUAAGUUAUGUUCAAGAGGGCUGCAACUUGUUUAGUGGCCAAUGGCUGUUUAAUAAUCCUUCACAAAACCCUUCUUACGACUCCUCAAACUGCCCUUUUAUAGAUUCUGAAUUCGAUUGCUUAAAAUUCGGCCGCUUGGAUAGAUUUUACCUCAACUACUCAUGGAAACCUUCGUCUUGUAAUCUACCUAGGUUUGAUGGUGUACAACUUCUAAGAAGAUGGAAGGGAAAGAAGAUAAUGUUUGUGGGUGAUUCACUAAGUUUAAAUCAAUGGAAUUCUUUAGUAUGUUUGCUGCAUGCAGCAGAUCCAAAAGGCAGGACAUCCUUCGUUAGGGGAAGCCUCAUAUCUUAUGUAACGUUUGAGGAUUACCAAGUGACUGUAUUCCUCUACACGAGUCAUUACUUGGUGGAUGUAGUUAAUGAAGCAAAAGGCCGUAUCCUAAAACUCGACUCAAUUACACAAGCAAACGCGUGGAGAGGUAUGGACACGUUGAUAUUCAACACGUGGCAUUGGUGGCCACAUGUUGGAGUUGCUCAAGGAUGGGACUUCAUAGAAUAUGACUCCACCAUAACCAAAGAUAUGAACCGUCUCUUGGCAUUCGAGAGAGGGUUGACCACUUGGGCUAACUGGGUUGACCAAAACGUUGACCCCUCCAAGACUAAACUCUUCUUCCAAGGGAUUUCUCCCAAUCACUACAGAGGAGUAGAAUGGGGCUCGAGAUCAAGCUGCCUUGGGGAGCAAAGACCCAUGAAUGGAUCAACAUACCCAACUGGGAGGCCUAAGGAAGCUAAAGUUGUUGAUAAAAUUUUGAGUAAAAUAAGAAAACCGGUUUAUUUCCUUGACGUCACAACCUUGUCACAGUUGAGGAAAGAUGGGCACCCGUCCAAAUACAGCAGAGAUCAUAGUGGUAACGACUGCAGUCACUGGUGCAUUCCUGGCUUGCCUGACACUUGGAAUCAACUUCUCUAUGCAGCCAUUAGUUGA